AUGUCGGCCCAAAAGGUCUCUUCAUCAAAUGCCGCAGACCCAUACCGCACCGCCGAGGACCUCUUCCAGAACAUCGGACCGGCAUAUCAAGACGCCUUUGGAUACCAUGCUCCAGCCCACAUCCGCUCACUCAAGCUCCUGAUCUCCCAGCUGCCACAAGGAUCUAAAGUAGUUGACAUCGGCUGCGGCACGGGCAGACCAGCUUGCGAGAUGCUCGUCAAAGCAGGCCAUAAAGUCACCGGCGUCGACGCCGCUCCGGCUAUGAUCGAGAGUGCCCGGGCUCAAGUCCCUGAUGGCACGUUCUAUGUCUCCGACUCGAGAGCGUGGGAACCUUCUCCGUCUGAGCUGCCAUACGAUGCGGAGAUCGCGUACUUCAGCCACUUAAUCGGCAUGUCUCAGCAAGAUAUCCGGGACUUCUUCCCAACCGCAUUCAAAUGGCUCAGACCAGGCGGGCUUCUGGUCUUCGGCACUGUGCCGGUCGACAAGGAGCACUGGCCGACGAGGUGGAUGGCCCGAGAUAUCAUCUCGUCUAGUCUGGAUACGCCGAAACUUUUGGAUGCUGUUCGGGCGGCUGGGUUUGUUGUCGAGCAUCAUGAAGAGGAGUCGUUUCAUCCCAGGGCUAAGGAUGCUGGGAUUUGUGCUGAGGAGGAGACGAGGCCCGAACCGCAUGUGUUCAUACAUGCGAGGAGGCCGGAAUAG